AUGGAAGAAUUAUAUCGGGAAACCUUGGAGCCGCGAGUAGCACCCGCUACCCUGAAUAUCCCCAGCCCCCGGAGCGGUCCUCCUAGCCCUGGACUGGCGUGCUCUGGCUCCCGUUCUCCUCGCAGCCCAGGUCCCCAGGAGCCUUCAGGCAGAACAGGGAGCAAAUGGGUCCGGUUGAAUGUUGGCGGCACGUAUUUCUUGAGCACCAAGCAGACCCUUUGUCGGGAUCCCAAGUCCUUCUUAUACCGCCUGUGCCAGGAGGACCCGGACCUGGAUUCGGACAAGGAUGAGACGGGGGCAUAUCUCAUUGAUCGAGACCCUACCUACUUUGGUCCCAUCCUGAAUUAUCUCCGGCAUGGGAAGUUGAUCCUCAACAAAGAGCUAGCAGAGGAAGGUGUCCUAGAGGAAGCAGAGUUUUAUAACAUUGCCUCUCUGGUUCGGUUAGUUAAGGAGCGGAUCCGAGAUAAUGAGAACCGAACUUCGCAGGGUCCUGUGAAACAUGUGUACAGAGUACUGCAAUGUCAAGAGGAGGAGCUUACUCAGAUGGUGUCGACCAUGUCAGAUGGAUGGAAAUUUGAGCAGCUCAUUAGUAUUGGAUCUUCCUACAACUACGGGAAUGAGGACCAAGCAGAGUUCCUGUGCGUGGUGUCCCGGGAGCUCAACAACUCCACUAAUGGCCUGGUCAUUGAACCCAGUGAGAAGGCCAAGAUACUUCAGGAGCGUGGAUCCCGCAUGUGAGCAGUUGUUGGGAAUGUGAUCCAAGGCUGGAUCUAACCACAGGCUUUUCACCAAAGCCUUCAGUGACUGUGGAAGUCAAGCGCUGUAUUGCUUUGUUUCCCCACUCCCUCUGCAGGCCUUAAUGCCCCUCAUGCUGAAGGGAAGCAACGUGUGUGUGUGUAGUAAAGAGGACUAUGCCCUGUCAAUGUUACCUCAUCCCGAUGGGUUUGUGCUGUUUUUGUCAUGUUGUGUGUACGUAUAAUGUCUGGGUGGGGGGAUAAUCAUGAAUCGAGGGCUCUUCCCUUCUAGGGUUGUGUUCCUGUCUGUAAUGUUCUUUAUGUGGAGCCUGUUCUAAGGAAGGAGACAAACCCUGCUCUAGAAAGGAUUUCAGGGCCUGAAAGGAGAAACUCUGGACUGAUCUGUGAUCAUUUAUUUUACUGACAGUUGCCAAACAACCUGCUUUGUUUUCUGUUCAAUUCAAAGUGCUGUGUCCUGAGCUGUCCUGUGUGUCCUGAGCUGUCCUCUCAUUAUAACCCUGGGGAUAAAUCUUUUGCAGUAGCCUUGUGCACUAACCUAUAAAGACCUCAGUGUGUGUAGUGGGGUCACAAACUGUAAACUGGACACUAUAAUUGCAAAAAAAAAAAUGCUGCCUACUUCAUUAUGUUUUCUGUGAAGAUUGCCCAAAGCAGCCCCCGGAUAUUUGCAUGCUUACCCAUCCUUGCACCUUGUUCUAUUUUGGAGGCAGUGUUUUUAUUAUAAUCCAUCAAAAUCAAUGUGGGACACCCUGGUCACUGCUAAGCUAUGGCCAAGACCUAUUUUAUACUGUCAUUGUAUAGGGGAGGGGGGCAUAUUCACAAUCUUCACACAAAAGUUGUCAAUUGCCAAAGCAAAUGUGAAUUUUAUUGCAAAUGCCUGAUUGGAAUACCCCCCGCAGUUACCAGCUCGUUGACUAUGCAGUGUAAACUAUUAAUCAGACUUCAUGGUAAUGCCUACCCCCACUGUGUCAUUAAGUUAUUAGUAAACUGUUAAUUGCAUGAACAUAUUCGAUUCAGAAAAAUAUGCCUUUGGGAGCAACUGAAGAAACAACUAAUCGAGGGGCUGUGCUGUUACAUAUUGGUGCAUAUUUCUCUCGGAUUGUAAAAUCACUGCAACCCUUGGCCAUCCUGAAUUUCCAGCCUAUUAUAACACUGGACUUAGAGCUUCAACAAUCCCUAUGGUUGUUCCCCUUUCUGAAGUCCCAUCUAAUGCAUUCCAGCUGUCCCUAUGCAGUUUCCUCAUAUUUACAUAUGCCUGUAUUAAAUAUAAUAACUUAUCUA